AUCUUUUCACUGGAAGGAUCCCAGAAAACAUCGGCAACAUGAGAAUGUUAGAAUCAAUUGAUUUCUCUGAGAACAAAUUGUUUGGUUCAAUUCCGGAAAGCAUGUCGACCUUGACGUUUUUGAGUUUCUUGAACUUGUCCAAUAACCGAUUAAUUGGGCGAAUUCCUUCAAGUACUCAGUUGCAGAGCUUCAAUGCGUCCAUCUAUGCUGGAAACAAACUCUGCGGCCUUCCACUACCCAACAAGUGCGGUGUUGAUGGAAAUCCUGUACCUAGCAUUCAAAAUAGAGGUGGCAAAGAAUGGAAUGGAGUUGAAAUAAGUUGGUUGUUGGUGAGCAUAGCAGUUGGAUUUAUUAUGGGAUUUUGGAGUGUACUAGGUCCUCUAGUGAUUAGCAGGCAAUGGCGAUGCGUGUAUUAUCAAUUUCUUGAAGAAAUGUGGUUGAAAAUCAGUAAUUCUGUAAACAGACACUUCUAAAGUUUAUUAUAUUUCUCUUAUGAGUGUAUUAGUUUUGAAUUGUAAAGCAUCAUAUCAUUUCUUCUAAGUUGUGUUGUGUAAUAAGUUCACACAUUUCAU